AUUGAUGUCAAAAUAAUUUAUAAAUAAAAGAAAAAUGAAAUAGUAUAGAGAAAUGAUAUUAUGAUUAAGACAAUCUUAACCUUCCAUUACGGUUGGAUAAAGGAAAAGAUAGAACUUAUGGGGAAGCUUAAAAAAGGUUGCCCGACCUCUUUGUUUCCAACUUCCGUCUCUCUUAAUUUAAUGAUUCCUUCGCUUUUUUCAAUUCUUAUGUAAUUUACAAAAUCAAGAAAAUAUUCCAACAGAUUUUGGCAGUACUUUUUUGACUUGAUUGACAUAAUAACAUGUCAAUUUAUGACACCAACACCGAAUAUUCUACGUUACUGAGUUUACCUAGAAUGAUAGAGAAAUAGAGCGAGAGGAGAGGCAAGAGAGACAUGGAUGAGGCAGCAAAGGUUCAGGUGGUGGUCUUCCCCCUCCCCCUCGUCGGCCACUUGGUGCCUACAGUGGAGCUUGCCAAGCUCCUUCUCGGCCACCGCUCUCUCCUCUCCAUAACAAUCCUCACCCCCCAUGACCACCCCUUCAACCCCUCCUCCACCGCCCCCUACAUCGAACGCACCUCCUCCUCCUCCUUUCCUUUGAAUCGCCUCCGCUUCCUCCAAUUGCCCCGUGUCGAUUUCUCUCCGGCCCCCGACAUGAGGCCCCAGACCCUCUUUAGCCUCUUUGCGGCCGCCCACAAGCCCAUCGUCACUGAAACCCUAAAAUCCCUCUCCUCAACUUCACCACCGGUUUGUGCCUUUAUCAUAGACUUCUUCUGCACUGCUCUACUCGAUGCAGCAAUGGAGUCUGGGGUGCCGGCCUAUAUCUUCUUCACCUCCAGUGCCAACUCCCUCGCACUCAUGCUUCACCUACCAACACUUCAUGAUCAAAUUCCAUGUGAAUUCAAGGAUUGUAAGGAGCCGAUCAUAGUUCCCGGCUUGCCACCGGUGCCCCCGAUCGAUUUGCCCUUGGUCCUGUCGGACAAGACCAACGACGCCUACAAGUGGUUUCUGUACAACUCGCGUCGCUUCCACCAGGCCAAGGGCAUUCUCAUCAACACCUUCCUAGACCUUGAGACUCGGUCUCUAGACGCUCUACACAAGGGGAUCUGCCUGUCCGACCACCCUUCACCGCCAGUCUACCCUGUCGGCCCCCUCCUCAACCUGGACGAGUAUCAGACUUCCGCUGGUGAGCACCACAAGUGCUUGCAAUGGCUUGACAAACAACCCCAGGACUCGGUCGUGUUCUUGUGCUUCGGCAGCCUGGGCACCCUCUCGAAUCGCCAGACCAAACAGGUGGCACUCGGUCUCGAGCAAAGUGGCCACCGCUUCCUAUGGUCUCUGCGUGGCCCCACCUCCAUGGACCAGUUGUUUGACACCAAAGACGCUGAAUUAAGGGACCUUCUACCAGAAGGGUUCCUGGAGAGGACACAUGACUUGGGGAUGGUGUGGCCCAAAUGGGCACCACAGGCAGCAGUGCUCGCGCACCCAGCAGUGGGGGCUUUUGUGUCGCAUUGCGGGUGGAACUCGACUCUCGAGAGCGUGUGGUUCGGAGUGCCAAUGGUUGCGUGGCCACUGUACGCUGAGCAGAGGCUGAAUGCUUUGGAGCUGGUGAGGGAGGUUGGGGUGGCUCUGGAGCUGAAAAUGGAGGAGGACGGGUGGGUGAAGGCGGAGGAGUUAGAGAGAGUGGCGAGGAGAUUGAUGGAAGGAGACGAGGGUAAAAUAGUCAGAAAGCGUGUGAAGGAGUUGAAGGAGGCAUCCACAAAGGUGUUGGAAGAGGGGGGCUCCUCAUAUGCUUCAUUGGCCUCAGCCAUUCACAGAAUUUUGAAAGGAUAAAGAGUUAUGUUAUGUAUAUCUUAUUAAUAAGAGCUUAGACAGUAGAAGUAAGGGAUUGACUCUUUUUGUACAAGGAGUCACAACUAUUCUGACUCAUUGGAUAUCAAAUUUGACUCAUUGGAUAUCAAA